GUUAAGAAUGCAAAUGUGAAACCUACAAGUAAAAGUGUGUAUAUUCGAUGUUGUUUACUUCAAAAUUUCGCAAAUUUCUAGAAAUUUCAUCUGGGUAACGCAUUUAAUUUAAAAUUAUAUUUUUCGUAAAUUUUGUGAAAAAAUAAUCGGCGAAAAUGAGUUGCCCAUUUAACAAGGACAGCUUAGACAAACUGGAAACAUUCAUUGACAUUUGCAAAAGCAAGCCCAAUAUUCUUCAUUUACCGGAAUUAAAAUUUUUUAAGGACUACAUAGAAUCAGUUGGUGGUGUUUUACCACCAGUUACGCCGGAAAUGCAUUCUCCAACGAAAGAAAGCACUGAACCCAAAGUUGAACCUGAAGAAGAAGUCGUGGAGGAAAUUGAAUCGGAGGAAUCCGACGUAGAGUUGGAUAUGGACGGGUGCAUCGAGCCUGACACUGUUGAUGACAGUGAUAAAAUGGGCGAGUCUAGUAAAAUUCCAACCGAUGAAGAUUCCGAUAAUGCCGAUGAAAAGCGCAGAGCUGCCAUGAUCGAAUUCGGCGAAGGCAAUUACAGCAAAGCGGUAGAGUUGCUAUCAGAGGCCAUCGAACUCAAUCCCACCUCUGCAGUUCUAUUUGUAAAACGGGGCCAGUCAUAUCUUAAAUUGAACAGACCGAAUGCUUGCAUUAAAGAUUGCACCCGCGCAUUAGAAUUAAACCCCGAUUCGGCCGCGGGAUACAAAUUUAGAGGGAGAGCCCAUAGACUGAUUGGCAACUUUGAAGAUGCCGCAAAGGAUCUCCAGCAAGCCUGUAAGAUUGAUUUUGACGAACAGGCAGAUGAAUGGCUCAAAGAGGUUACACCAAAUGCUCAAAAAAUCAUACAACACAAAAUGAAAGUGGAACGUAAGAAAGCAGAGAAAGAUCUGAGGGAACGUGCAGAACGCGUACGAAAGGCGAAGGAGGCUCAUGCCAAGGCAGCGGCACAAGAGGAAGCCGAUUUUGGUGACACACCGGGAAUGAGCGAUUUUUAUAAGGCAUUUCAAGAUCCGGAGAUCAUGGCUGCAUUUCAAGAUCCCGAAGUGGCAACAGCCAUGCAAGAUAUAUCGAUGAAUCCUGCCAAUUUUAUGAAAUACCAAUCAAAUCCGAAAAUAAUGGCUUUGAUACGGAAGUUACAACAGAAGAAAUUCCCUGGUGGUUUUCCAGGGAUGGGUGGAUUUCCGGGAGCCGGUUUCGGUGGUGGUCCCGAUGCUCCCGCACCACCACGAUCGGGGCCGAUGGAAGAUGAUGGCCUCGAUUAAGAUUUGAAUGGCAAUAAAUACCUGGUAAUAAGCAACAACUUCCACGCUAUUUUUAUUAAUUGUGUAACAAAAAUGUGUUUAAUUAUAAAUAAAGUCAUUAUUGGAAAACUAA